GAAACCGACGGUCCAGAUCGGACGGCGCCCGAGCGGGCUGGCUCGGUUCCUCUAGAACCCUGUCGCGUGCGGCGCCUUUCCUCUCCAGAAGAGCAGAGAAGAGUUCUUGGAUCCGGGACCUCGAGCUCGCGCCGCUCUCUCCCGCCGUAGUAGCCCGGAGCUCCGUCGAUCGAGAUGGGGAACACUUCAUCUGUGGCAACCGCAGCCCCAGUUUCAGAAGAAAAGGCCGUACAAACUCCAGCGUCUGACACGAAGCCGAAGAAGAAGAUCUGCUGUGCCUGCCCAGACACGAAGAAGUUGAGGGACGAGUGCAUCGUGGAGCACGGGGAGGAUGCCUGCGGGAAGUGGAUCGAAGCCCAUCGCCAAUGCUUGAGAGCCGAAGGGUUCAACGUCUGAUUCCUCGCUCCGACAUAGAUUCAUAGGGACUUCCGACAUGUUGGAUACUGGCUUCUGCUAGAGUGGCACAAACUCACCAUUUCUUCACUGGGCAUUCCAGUUUGAUAAGGGGCAUGUUUUGGCCCCCUAGGCAUUGAGCACCACAUAUAUGGAAUUUUGUUAUAAUGGUACCGGGUUGUACUUUCUCCAAACAGUGUAUUGUUUGGGGACAUUGUUCCUUCCGGUCAGUGGUUGGAUUGGAUAUAUUCGGACUACUUGAAGAUUUUAUUACA